AUGGAUGGGCGACUUCCUGUGGGACGUCACGUGGUAGAAUCCAGUGGUGCGCUGAUGUUGAAAGACGUUAAGCCUGGGGACGAGGGGGUCUACAACUGCAGAGUCGAAAAUUUACUCGGGAGCGUUAACGCUUCCUUGAACGUCACUGUACAAUGUAAGUUCAACUGUUUAUUUCCUAAAAAAGCUGAAAACCUUUAACGUACUUCGUGUAUUUUCUUACAGCAAUAGCAGUAUCUCAUGCUUUGAAUCAUGUUAGCGGUCUCUGUACAUAAAAUGGUCAGUUGUUCAAAGGCAUAUAUCACUUUUCGCUGUUAGAUAAGUCUCUGUCCACUGAUAAUGAAAUACCGAGUUUCGCUUGUACUUAUCUACUAAAUAGUGACUUACCCCAUGGGUAGCAAUCUCCAACUUUUAAACAAGCGGGGCUACCAAACGAAAUAAUUCAAUGUUCUGGGAUCAAUAAUUUGUUUUACAUUACGUUCUCUAAACGAAAGCCCCAAAAUGCCCGUUUUACUUGCAAAAAUCAUACGUUUCUCUGUUUCCCAUUAGUUGGUCCGCAUGUCUCAUUAUCAUCUAAGCGACUACUGGCUGAAGAGAAACAAAACGUCAGUAUCGCCUGCAAUGCUACUGGUCGGCCUUCGCCUCUGAUCACGUGGUCCAAGUUAGUCGGGAGUCUAGCUGGAGACGGGAUUAAAGCGCAGGAUGGAACCCUGAAAAUCUACAAUGUUACUAGAAAAGAAGGUAGUAUAUACAUUUGUAAAGCAGAGAGUAUUCUAGGGUCAGCAACAGACACUGUCCAGCUCAUGUUUUUUUCUCCUUUGCGGUUCACAGUCCGUCCUCCACAGGAAGUGACUCCUUUCAUUGGUUCAACUCUCCGUUUGUCAUGUUCGGCCGAAAGUGACCUGAGUCCUACAACAUACUGGAGAAAGGAAGGGAAGUCUACGCUUUCGUUGGACUCCAAUGUUCUUUUGAAUGGAACACUGGUUCUUCAGACCAUCAAGAAAACUCAAGAAGGAUCUUACAUCUGUAAGGCGAGCAAUGCCCUGACCACAAUAGACGCUAAAGUUAAAAUAAAUUCUCCGAUUGCUACUUCCUGUUCUGUGAUAAAGAAAUACGUUAGCAGUGUAAGCGGAAAUUACGUCAUUGACCCAGAUGGCGAAGGAGGCCUGGCACCGUUCUCGGUUUUCUGUGAGAAUGACCGAUAA